AUGUCGAAGGAAGUGACGGCAGAGGGGGAGCACCCGCCGGCGAAGGAUUACCAUGACCCGCCGCCGGCGCCGUUGCUGGGCCUUGGGGAGCUCAAGCUUUGGUCCUUCUACCGGGCUCUCAUCUCCGAGUUCGUCGCCACCCUGCUGUUCCUCUACGUCACCGUGGCCACCGUCAUCGGCUACAAGGCUCAGUCUCAGUACGACCAGUGCGGCGGCGUUGGUAUCCUUGGGAUCGCUUGGGCCUUCGGUGGCAUGAUCUUUGUCCUCGUCUACUGCACCGCCGACAUCUCUGGUGGGCACAUAAACCCGGCUGUGACGUUGGGUCUAUUCGUGGCGCGGAAGGUGUCGCUGCUGCGCGCGGUGCUGUACAUGGUGGCGCAGUGCCUGGGCGCCAUAUGCGGCGUCCGGAUCGUGAAGGCCAUCAUGAAGCAUCAAUUCAACGCUUUCGGCGGCGGGGUUAAUGUGGUGGCCCCAGGCCACUCCAAGGGCACCGCCCUCGGCACCGAGAUCGUCGGCACCUUCGUCCUCGUCUACACCGUCUUCUCCGUCACUGACCCCAAACGCAGCGCCCGCGACUCUCACGUUCCGGUGUUGGCUCCUCUGUCGAUCGGGUUUGCGGUGUUCAUGGUACACUUGGCGACGAUUCCGAUCACGGGCACCGGCAUUAACCCGGCAAGGAGCUUAGGAGCUGCGGUCAUUUUCAAUCAGCACAAGCCGUGGCAUGAUCACUGGAUCUUCUGGGUGGGUCCUUUCGGCAGAGCUCUGGCGGCGGCGGUGUAUUACCAGUACGUGUUGAGGGCGUCGGCUAUUAAGGAUUUGGUCUCCUUCAGGAGCAGCCGCAGCAACUAA